AUGGAAGACACGGACAUUAACUCUCUACCGAACGUAGCCAUACCUACUGACAGAUCCAAACGCCUACCAGACACGGACAUUAACUCUCUACCGAACGUAGCCAUACCUACUGACAGAUCUAAACUCCUACUAGACACGGACAUUAACACUCUACCGAACGUAGCCAUACCUACUGACAGAUCAAAACGCCUACUAGACACGGACAUUAACUCUCUACCGAACGUAGCCAUACCUACUGACAGAUCCAAACUCCUACUAGACACGGACAUUAACUCUCUACCGAACGUAGCCAUACCUACUGACAGAUCAAAACGCCUACUAGACACGGACAUUAACUCUCUACCGAACGUAGCCAUACCUACUGACAGAUCCAAACCCCUACUAGACACGGACAUUAACUCUCUACCGAACGUAGCCAUACCUACUGACAGAUCCAAACCCCUACUAGACACGGACAUUAACACUCUACCGAACGUAGCCAUACCUACUGACAGAUCCAAACCCCUACUAGACACGGACAUUAACACUCUACCGAACGUAGCCAUACCUACUGACAGAUCUAAACUCCUACUAGACACGGACAUUAACUCUCUACCGAACGUAGCCAUACCUACUGACAGAUCCAAACUCCUACUAGACACGGACAUUAACUCUCUACCGAACGUAGCCAUACCUACUGACAGAUCUAAACUCCUACUAGACACGGACAUUAACUCUCUACCGAACGUAGCCAUACCUGCUGACAGAUCCAAACUCCUACUAGACACGGACAUUAACUCUCUACCGAACGUAGCCAUACCUACUGACAGAUCCAAACCCCUACUAGACACGGACAUUAACUCUCUACCGAACGUAGCCAUACCUACUGACAGAUCCAAACUCCUACUAGACACGGACAUUAACUCUCUACCGAACGUAGCCAUACCUACUGACAGAUCCAAACUCCUACUAGACACGGACAUUAUCUCUCUACCGAACGUAGCCAUACCAACUGACAGAUCCAAACGCCUACUAGACACGGACAUUAACUCUCUACCGCCAUAA